UCGGCUCGACGACCCAAGUCGGAGCGAUGCGCCAUUCGCUCUCUCGGCUUCCGCCCUUGCACAUCGACCUAAAAAGAAAAAGAAUAAUUUUGGAGGGGGUCCUUUUGCUUCAAAAUCCUUAUUUUCGAAGUUUCUGCAACAUACUAAGUGAUUAUAUCCUUUAAAUUUGCUGUUAUAUGCCAUUUAUCUUAGUUUUCUAACACGAAUAACAUUCCCUAACGGGGUGGAUAGUUGGCUACAUUGCGUAGUUCCCAGCAUUUGUUCACCAACUGAAGCAGACGACUAUUUUUUCAAAACAUUUCAAUUAAUAAUGAAACUUUUACGAAGUAUUGUUGCUAAACAAAGUUGUUUGUCCAAGAAAACGGCUUUCCUUACAUCCUCAAGUGGCCUAUGCAAUGAUCAAAGAUGUCACUACUCUGGGUCUGUGAGAAAUGCUCCAGAGGAAAAUGUAAUGAAUAUUUUUGAUAGAAAUGCUAAACGCAUUCAAAAAGAAAGAGCUGCUAUGGAUCCUGACGUAGCUGUGUAUGAUUAUCUUAAAGAAGAAGUCGGAUUUCGACUAUCUGAACGAAUCUUAGACAUCAAGCGUAAAUUUGGUAAAGUCGUAGAUUUGGGAUGUGGCCGUGGUUAUGUGUCUAGACAUAUUUUGUCAUCCUCCGUAGAGGAACUUGUAAUGUGUGAUUUGAGCCCAACCCACCUAAAACAGGCUACAGGCGCUGAAGAGGCUGUGAAAUGUCAACGCUUGGUUGUCGAUGAAGAAAAUCUUCCAUUUGAACCGAACUCCAUUGAUAUGUUUGUUAGCAACCUUAGUCUUCACUGGGUUAACGAUCUUCCAGGAACAUUUGCUCAGAUUAAUAGAUGUUUAAAAAAUGAUGGCUGCUUUUUAGCAUCAGUAUUUGGUGGAGAUACACUUUUUGAGCUCAGGUGUUCUUUACAAAUGGCUGAGCUUGAGCGUCAAGGGGGAUUAGCUGCCCAUAUAUCACCAUUUGCAGAGGUCCGUGACAUAGGUGGUCUUCUUCAAAGAGCACAGUUCACAAUGCUCACAAUAGACACAGAUGAGAUUGUCAUUAAUUACCCUUCAAUGUUUGAAGUUAUGUGGGAUCUAAAAGGGAUGGGCGAAAGCAAUGCAGCAAGAAAUAGAAAAUUAAGCCUUCCUAGAGAAACACUUAUGGCAGCAGCUGCUAUUUAUGAAACCAUUUAUGGCAAUAAUAAUGGCAAAGAUGGCACAAGAGCAGUCCCAGCCUCCUUCCAGGUGUACUACUUACUUGGGUGGAAGCCAGAUCCUUCCCAACCCAAGCCCAAAGCAAGGGGCACUGGGCAGGUUUCUCUAAAAGAUAUUCACAAACUUGAUGAAAUCAUGAAGAAACACGGAGAAAUAGAAAUUGGAGAUGGUGGGAAAGAAAAAUAGGUGAUAGGAUUAAACUUCAAAUAAAACUAUUAUUUGUCAAUGUACGAAAAGUUGGCUAUUUAUUUGACCUUCCAUGCAAUUUGCUAAGUCACCUUAAAUGUACUGCCCCUGGAUUACUACAGAUAGUCAGCUUGGAAUUAAGUUGUGCAACAUUUGCA